AUGGCCUUCCUUGGGGAUGGGAACCACACUGCAGUGACAGAGUUCCUUUUACUUGGCUUAACAAACAACCUAGUCCUUCAAGUCAUCCUCUUCAUCGUCAUCCUGUGUAUCUACGUGGUGACCCUGUCUGGAAACCUCAGCACAAUUCUUCUAAUAAGAGCCUCUCCUCAGCUCCAUUACCCCAUGUACGUUUUUCUGAGCCAUCUGGCUUCUACUGACAUAGGUUAUUCAUCUUCUGUCACACCCAAAAUGCUUGUUAACUUCCUGGUAGAGAGGAAUGACAUCUCCUACACUGGGUGUGGCAUCCAGCUUGGUUCAGCUGUUUUCUUCGGGACAGUUGAGUGCUUCCUCCUGGCUGUUAUGGCUUAUGAUCGCUUUGUGGCAAUCUGCAACCCAUUGCUUUAUUCAAGCAAAAUGUCCACAGAAUUGUGUGAGCAGCUACUUGUAGGGUCUUAUUUCGGUGGUUUUCUGAAUGCUUCUUCCUAUACCCUUUCCUUCUUUUCUUUUGACUUCUGUGGACCAAAUAAAAUCAAUCAUUUUUUCUGUGACUUUGCUCCAUUAGUAAAACUGUCCUGUUCUGAUGACAGCUUUGCCAUAUUUUUUGCCACAUUUACUGCUGGCUCGGUCAUUCUGUUCACAAUGUUUGUCAUAGCCAUCUCUUACAUCUACAUCCUUAUCACGAUCCUGAAAAUGCGCUCCACUGAGGGCCGCCAAAAGACCUUCUCCACCUGCACCUCCCACCUCACUGCAGUCACUCUGUUCUAUGGCACCACCACAUUCAUUUAUGUAAUGCCCAAAUCCAGCUACUCCACUGACCAGAACAAGGUGGUGUCUGUGUUCUAUCUGAUUGUGAUCCCCAUGUUGAACCCCCUCAUCUACAGUCUGAGGAAUAAAGAGAUUAUAGGUGCUCUGAAGAGACAGCUUGGAAAGAACAUGUUUUCUUAA